AUGUCUACUCCCAUCACAUUCACAUUCACAACCACCCUGUCUCUCGUGAUCAUCUCGGUGUCACUACUUUCCUCGUCUCUCGGCAGCGUCACAGCGACAGAGACGCAGCGAAAUGAGACGGAGGUGCGGCUGAUGUACGAGCAGUGGCUGGUGGAGAAUGGGAAAAACUACAUCAAUGGUCUUGGAGAGAAAGAAAGACGGUUCAAGAUCUUCAGUGACAACUUGAAGUUCAUCGAUGAGCACAACUCGGUGCCGAACCGGAGUUACGAAGUCGGUUUGACCCGGUUUGCAGAUCUUACGAAGGAGGAGUUUCGAGGUACGUACUUGGGGAGUAAGAUAGAGAUGACUAGAGGUUCAGUGGUAGGAGAGAGGUAUUUGUACAAGGAAGGAGAUGAUUUGCCUGACCAUGUCGAUUGGAGAGAGAAAGGAGCCGUUGGUCCGGUCAAAAAUCAAGGAUAUUGUUCAAGUGGUUGGGCGUUCUCUGCGAUAGGAGCGGUGGAAAGUAUAAACCAGAUCACAACCGGAGAACUGUUAUCUCUGUCGGUGCAAGAACUCAUUGACUGCGACAGAUAUUUCAACUAUGGAUGUAAUGGAGGUUUCAUGAAUAUGGCUUUUAAGUACAUCAUGGAGAAAGGUGGUAUUGAAACAGAUAAAUAUUAUCCUUAUACUGCCAUCGAUCGUAGCCGCUGCAAGAGCAAUAAGAAUAAAAACACUCGUGUUGGUACCAUCGAUGGUUAUGAAGAUGUUCCUAGAGGCGAUGAGAUGUCUUUGAAGAAAGCUGUUUCUCAUCAACCUGUUAGUGCUGCCAUUUAUGCUGAUGGCGUCGCUUUUAGGCAUUACAAGGGAGGUGUGUUUAAUGUAACAUGUGGGAUAGGUAUGACCCAGGCUGUGAUAGUCGUGGGUUAUGGAUCAUCGCAAGGUAAAGAUUACUGGAUCAUUCGUAAUUCAUGGGGAAUAAACUGGGGAGAAGGCGGAUACAUGAAGCUCCAACGGAACGUCAAAGAUCCAUUAGGAAAAUGUGGUCUAACAAUGAUGCCAUCUUACCCGACCAAGUUGGCUGUCUGA